UCAUCACCACCACCACCACCAUCAUCAUCACCACCACCACCAUCAUCAUCACCACCACCACCACCACCAUCAUCAUCACCACCACCACCAUCAUCAUCACCACCACCACCAUCAUCAUCACCACCACCACCAUCAUCAUCACCACCACCAUCACCACCUACUAAACAAUGAUACUCCCUAGGUACAACAUUUCAACAGGAGAGUUUGAUGGUUGGGACUCAAGUGUGAAUGCUUCACUCAACUCUCGACCAGUGACUAAAUUAGAUGUUGCCUCGAAAUAUGGUAUGGAUGAAGCUGAAGCGAAGCAGAGGGGAUAUGUGUAUAAACAAAAUCCUCAAGUGAAAAUAUUCGGAGAUGAUGGUGGGGAAUUUAAACUGAGGUUGGCGAUUAAUACCAACCAAUUUGGUCGCGUAUUUCAAGACAGGUGAGUUUGAUAGUGUAUGCAGACUACUGGCUAAUGAUGGUGACAAAUUGCCAAUGAAUGGUAUUCACUAAAUAUUUUGAAUUUCAACUCUCUUCUGUAGAUCACACACAUUCGCCAUCCGACCACGACCAGCUAACCUUGCAGGCAGGAUUGUCCAUAAUCUCAAUGUUCGCGGCAAGCGUGGUAACAUCGUACAAGUCUAUCCCGCUGUAGAAUACGACUUCGUGCCUAACAGACUCGGAAUAAAGAAUGGAGAUUACGUUCAUUUUCAGUUAGUAAAACUUGAGCAUAUUUUAAUGUUGUUUUUUAUUAAAGUGGUGCCCUCUUGCGCAUUCAAACUUGUUUGUCAAAGUCCUUGUCACAUACAUGCAUUAAGUUCUGUACAACAUCAGUGAGAUCACUUUAAGGUGCCCAUAUUCAAGAACAAUAUGAUCUAACCAUGCUUAACUCAGCAGUUAGUUCUGUACAACAUCAGGGGCCGGUUGUAUCAAGCCCGUUUAGCUUAAACGGUGGGUAAGUCAAAAUAAAAUAACACUCUUUUCUCUCUCGUGAAUCAGUCAACUUAAAUAUUCUGCACUGAAUAUGUAGUUGCAAACAUUAUCGUUCUAUUAAAGUUCAAAACGUUUAGUUUGGUUGUUGAAUGAAUCUAUAGACUUGCUUUCUAUUUUGAGCUUAACCACUGUUUAAGCUAAACGGGCUUGAUACAACCGGCCCCAGAUCACUUUAACGCAAAAACGUACACUGUAAUAUCUCUGUAUGAUCGUCUGACCAUGCUUAACGCAGCAGUAAGUUCUGUACAACAAAUCAUGUUAAGAACAGCCUACAUUAAAGAACACGUACAACUCUUUGCAAAAUCUAACCAUGCUAAACUCAGUCAACUGGGAUAGUCUAUCUGUACAAUAUCAGAUCAUAGGGUUGAAAAUAUAUUCACUAAACCAUGUUUCAGAAACAAUUAGUAUAGAGAUGUCCAACAUGAAUCAAAAUUUACCCUUUCUAGAUGGACUGGAUCCAACACAAACCCCAACAACAAUGAUGGCCAAGGCAAAGCUGGUACUGAUAGAAACAAUGUUGUCUUACUCCGCGGUCCACAGUACAAAGAAGCGACACCAGAGUCUGGAACAUACGGUCAUUGGGGAAACAAUUACCCAGAACAUUUAGAUAACGCCGAGUUUCUGGGUCUUGGUAGAGACGAUUUACAACAUUUGGGCAUUUUAGAUAAUGGUAAUGAUUUCUUUACUUGAUAACUAAAACGAAGGACUAUUGUAAUUUCGGGAAUUAAGUGUAUUUUGACUUGGUGGUAGACGCGUUGUAGGAUGACAUGGUUGCUUGGUAGAGAGAACAGUUUAGAACUGAUUGAAUUAUCCUGUAUAAAUAAAGUUAUUUCAGUUUUUUCCUCAAUUCCUCCAUGUUGUAAAACUGAACUGAUAAGAUACGACCGUUACUGAUCCUCUAGGGAGAACAAAGCUAUCCAGUGUGGAUGAAAUUCCAAGGAGUAGAGCUUAACCUAUUUUUAAAAUUUUCUAGUUCAAUUUGGUGGUGAGAUGUCAGAAUUGGACGAUGCAGGCACGUACUAUGAUCUAGGACCGAGAAAAGUGACCGCGAAUGGCAUUUAUCAUUAUAUGUGUUCAAGAAAUAACAAUUUCUCAAACCGUGGUCAGAAAGGAAAGAUUGUUGUGGGUGAUACAGCUGUAGCCUCCAAAAAGAUUGGAUGGAAUGGAGGCAAUCUUACUGUUGGUACAAGGUACGUUUUUGGUUACUAUGCUUGCGAGAUAAACCUGGCACGAGAAACAAGAUCAUUGCCAUCACGGAGAGCAAGUUUGAAGUUCAUUACGAAUUUCCUACAAAGUAUUUCAAACCUUUCAAGUUUAGGCUAGUGAGAAUCUACCACAAAGGAUGUGUAUUUCAAACCUUUCAAGUUUAGGCUAGUGAGACCCAUAUCUAAGACAGUAGUUUAGCAGCAACGGCUCAAGGUUUAGUCUAGUGAAAACUCACGACCAAGACGAAGUACUUCAAUUAUUCAAGACAGCAACUCGUAGUUUGCUAGCAACUGCUUGCGGUUUAGGCUAAUGAGGAACUACCGCAAUAUACACGAACCAUUUGAAUUAAGGCUAGCGAAAAUUCACCAUAAAGGUUCACAAUUUCAACACCUGCUCCUGAAAACGAACUGUUCACAAAUGACAAUGAGAAUUAUCCUAUUCCAGCAAUGUCCAAGGUGUUUGGGUGCAACGUGGUGCGUUCAGUUCUCUCAAACCAAUCUCCCUUGAGGAAUGGUCAAGAAGCGAUGGCGAAGCUCGAGUUGAAGCUAUGGGUGCUUCUGUGGAUGUUGGUGAUAGUUAUGCCAGUAACUUCCUGGUGAUUAACCCACAAGAGAAGUUAACUGAGGGUGAUAAGAAGUUCUCUGUUACAUUGAAAGUGGACUCAAGCAUGUCAGGAACUGUGACAGUGUAUAAAACUGACAAGAAUAACCCACAAUGGCGUAAGGUUGAUGCAGACAUUGAUGAUGGCGUCGCCAAGGUGCAAGUUGAUUCAGGUAUGGAUGUUUUUGCUUAACUUAACUGUUAUUCUUCCCAUAGUUGAAAGACAAAUGCACUGACCAUUUCGCCAGCAAUACUAAUAUCUGAAACUUUAAUUUUCCCGUUAAGGUGGUAUUGUGAUGGCACGAUCUACCACGAAUGUUGGUUUGAUUGUCGGAGUGGUUAUCGCGUGUCUUAUUGUGGUGGUGAUCAUUGUUGGUACUACAGUCUACUGUCGAAAACAUCCUGACAAAUGGGACAGCACCAAACGUUCAUUCACUAACUGUCAUCGAUCUCUACAGCGUACUGUUUAGAAAUUCAUCACGUCAAUCAUACAUUAUGCAUCAUGGAUUUGUUUCAAUUUAUAAUAAUGUAAAUACCAGCACAAUGUGUGACAGUGUAAACCUCUUUAAAAGACGCGAUUGUACAAUAGGAAUCUUUGAGAUUUAUGACACAACUAAAGAUUAUACUAGCUUUAAAUUUAUCAUAUUGAUCAUACCUGCAUAUCAGCAUUGUUUUGCAGGCUCAAUCAUUCUUGUGUCCAGUCAGACCUGCAAACAAACCAUUGUUAGUAAAACAAAGGCGACAUAUAAUUCAAAGGAGACAUAAUUCGAAUGGCAUUUUGCCUUCGUUGUUUAGUCGAAUAUCUAAUGUAAAAACACCAAAAUAAUGUUAAUAAUAUGAACAUUUUUACAUCCAAUUAUUUAUAAAUACAUUUUGUACACAAUUUCAGUUGUUGUGUGAAAUUAACUUCAGUAUAGAAUACCUUACGAGGGUAAGAGUCAUGUUGGUGUGAACAGUUCUGCAACAGCCUAAGAAAAGAUCAAAC